AUGAGAAUAAGGAGGAAACUAGAGCUUUACCCAGCCAAGGAUGAAGAGCUGGAUGAAGCCCUCGUCUCCAUGAUAGUGAAGGACACACAGCCCUUCAUUGUUGUUGAUGACGUUGGAUUUCGGACAUUUGUGUCCAAACUGGAUCCCAAUUAUAUUCUCCCUACAAGGCAGGCUCUGAAGGCCAUGGUGGAGGCAAAGUAUGAGACAGCUAAGGAGAAGGCUAAGGCUAAAGUGGAAAAGGCGGCUGCUGUUAGCCUUACAUCAGACAUGUGGACAUCCAUCCACAUGGAUGCCUACCUGGCUGUGACAUGUCAUUUUGUGGGAGAGAACACCAGGCUGGAUUCAGUGCUGUUGGGAGUGCAGGCAUUCCCCCAAUCGCACACUGCUGAAAAUAUAGCUUGUGUGAAAGCCUCCAUGAUGGAGGAAUGGGGAAUUUCUAAUAAGGUGACAUGUAUGGUCACUGACGGUGCUCCCAAUAUGGUUGCGUGUGUGAAAGAGCUGAAGCUUCGGCACCAUAUUUGCAUAGCACACACACUGAAUCUGGUGGGGAAGAAGGCGCUUGACCAGCACCCUGUGGUCUCUGGCAUCCGGGCCAAAGCAAGGAAGCUGGUUGGCUACUUUAGAAGCAGCACCACUGCUAAGGAGAAGCUUACACAAGUGCAGUUCCAUCUGGGGAUGGAACAAAAGAAGCUGAUGCAAGAAGUGGAGACCAGGUGGAACAGCACUUCUUUGAUGCUGCAACGUUUGGUGGAGCUGAGGGAGCCAGUAGGAGCAGUGUUAGCUGGGCUACAACAUGACCUGGCCUUUUUCACAUCAGAUGAAUUUAACAUUAGUUGUCAGCAGAAGAAAACGUGUCUGCCUCCAAAAUCGUACCCCUCUUGA